AGUCAUUCCAAGCUUGAAGAGGAUGCUUAUCUCAGUUGGGCAGUUGGAUGAUUCGGGUCUUGAUGUUAAAUUUGGUGGUGGACAGUGGAAGGUGGUCAAAGGAAAUCUUGUUGUUGCUCGUGGCAAGAAAAGGGGUUCGUUAUAUAUGGUCGAGAUACCUCCAGAAGGAGCAAGUCCAGUUCUGGAUGAACUAGCUCGGAAGGUUCAACCAGUCAGGGAAUUUUGUGACAGUGGGAGCACAGGUCGUGCUUCAGUCCCAAUCCGACAGUGGGUUAGGAAAACUAGUAUUCUGGUGUUGAAAGUUUCUCCUGUUACCUAUUUGCUUGGUUUGGAGAAUGUAGGUUCUCAGUUUGCCUUAGAAGCCAGGAGAGUGAUAGAUGUGUCACACUCGGAGCUAGCAGAGAAAGAGAACGAGUCACGGGUUGUGACUGAUGAGUUGAAGCUGAGUGGGAGCUUCAACGGGUCUUCAGAUAACUGAAGAGAGGGCUGCUGCAACUAGUGGAAAAUGAGGAUUACAAGAG